AUGACUGAACAUCAAUCGUCUAGUACCUCUGGUUGGUUAGGAGCUUUGGGUAGAAUAUUUAGUGGAUCAAGUUCAUCACAAAAUGAAACAAAAGAAAGAGUAGACAAUAAUAGCACAACUGAAAAAAAUGCUAGAGAUAAUUCAUCAAAUUUAAACGGGUCUCGAUCUUUUCAAUCCAAUACCUCAUCAGGAAAAGGAUUGCGUUAUUUGAAUACACCUAUUGUUGAGACUAGAACCUCACUAGAUAUAUCACGACCAGCUCCUUUAGCUGACUCAUUUUCACAAUCACGCAAGCGGAUGAAUGACGAGUUUCGUGCUCCUGUAGAGACAGACAUAUCUUCAUUGAGUGCGAAACGGUUUCGUGGAUUAGCCAAUCAUAGCUUAUUAGAAGAGCCUAUACGGGUAAAUGUUUCUGAAAGGUUAGAUUCGACAUGGAACGGUGUAAGCGCUCUUGAAUCAUCUCCAUCAUCCUUGCGAUCUCUGAAAAGUAGAAUGAGCGAAGUUCCUAGUACUACCUCCUCAGGUUUGAGCUCGAAAACUAGAGCUAUCCUUCAACAACUUGAACGAGUUCAUACUCCCGCUAAGGAUGCUCGAAAGUUACCUACCAUGAGAACCACCGGUGCUUCUACUGAGAAAUGGGCAUCUAUUCAGAACUCAAAUCUUUCAUGUGGAACACCUCCUCCUCUGAAGAAAACUAUGGGGAGUGUUCCUUCUCGUAUUCAGCUGUUAUCUUCUCGUAUUGGAACUCUUCAAAGGAAACCUUAUUGGAGGGAUAUUGUUCGCGCUCCGAAAAUUCACACGGAAACUAAUGAGGCUAAUAAAGCUAAUAAAGACACAUUAAUCAAUCCUAUUUCUAGUAAUUAUAAAACAAUUACACCUCUUUUUGAUAUUGAUGAAUCGUCUCCACCCAAAGAGAAGAAGAAGGAUAUGACUGAGGUUAGAAAGCCACAGCCAGUGUUGAAAGGAAGCGAUGGUAAAGCUACGAACGUAUUCAGUGCAAAAGAACUUGAGGAUGACAAUAUCACGCCACUUCCUUCUGUUCCGGCUGUCUCAUUGCCUCAGUUUUCCGUUCCUGCGAAAGGCUUCCUCGACGAUAUCGUUUUUUCGUUUGCACCACCAAAAGAAAAUAAGUUUGAGAAUGGGGUGCUUUGUUCAUCGAAAGAAGUAGCAGAAGAUGAGACUUCUUCUGACUCUGAUGAGAGCGUUUCUGAUGACUCAGUCAACUCAUCAUCCUCAGAAACAAGCGUAGAAGAACAAUCAGAUAAAUCUGAAAAGAAAGAAUCCCGCCCUCCAACGUCCACUGAUAGUGAGAGCAGUGCAACUCCAUUCUCCUCGAAGAGUAUUUCUCCCCAGAACAGAGAUUCCGAGAAAAGUGUAGAUAAUAAGACUCUCGAAAAGAAGGAUGCGAUUGCACCUGCUCCAAAGCCGGAAGCCAAAGUUCCUGUUGCGGCUUCCGCCACCUGGAGUUGCCCUGACUGCUUUGUUUCCAACAAGUCGUCUGAUGCCAAGUGUGUAUGUUGUGGACAUGUUAACAAAGCGAAUAUAGUUGAAGAAAAAAGAGUCGACUGGGACUGUCCCGAUUGUUUCGUAAAGAAUACGGGAUCUAUGAGUAAAUGUCAGUGUUGUGGAUUCGUCAAAUAUAAAACAGCUGCUUCUACAUCUGAUGACAAUGUUUUCGGUGAUAAAGCUUUCAAACCACAAUCAUUCGGAUCAGGAUUUUCUUUCGGUGUUACUUCAUCAACAACUUCGUCCGCUAGUCAACCUGCAUUCGGAUUCUCAGCUACUUCUUCCACUGUCUCUUCUAAUGCUACUACCAACUCUACCGCACCUACGUUCCCAUUCCCUACCUCAUUUGGAGUUGGAAAAAGUUCAGUGGAAACAAAGCCAGCUGAUGCUGCUGCCACGGUUACUUCUUCAUUAGCUCCAACACCAGUGUUUGGAACUAAAUCUACUGCUCCAAGCGUAGUUAGCAAACCACUUUUUGGUUCUACAGAUAAGCCUCUUUUCGGCUCUACUGACAAGGACAAAGUAGAUAAAGCUCCCGUUUUCGGAGCUUCAUUGAAAACUGAAAAACCAGUGUUUGGUGCCAGCCCGUUAUCGACUUUCUCUUCCACUGUUCCAACGAAAUCUCCGUUCGCCUCAACCGAGACAACUAAACCAGCAGAAGGAGCACCUCUUUUCGGAUCGCUGAAAACUUCAGCAGCUAGUACAGCUCCUUUCCCAUCAUUGAGUCUCGGAGGCUUUGGAACUUCGACAGAUAAUUCGUCUCCCUUCGACAAGGAAGUCAAGAAAGAUGCACCAGUUAACUUAUUCGGAGGACUUUCUUCAUCUUCCGCGGCAUCAACCGUACCUGCUGCUGUUCCAACUCCUGCUCCUGCUGCAGCUCCAGCGGUAACAGCCGCUCUCCCUACCAUAGCUCCUUCUGCUCCGGCUUCCGGAAACGGUUUUCUAUUCUCUAAAGAAGGAUCCAAUCCCUUGUUCGGAUCUUCUUCUUUGAGCUUAGGAACUUCUAAACCAGCGACAGAACCUUCAAAACUAGGAAUGUUUGGACAGGGUAGCGGAUUGUUCAACCCCGUUGCAACCUCGGCAGCUCCAGCUCCUGCUCCUGCUCCUGCUCCUGCAAGUACGGGUAGUGUGCCCACGUUCGCAGGGUUAACAACGACGACGAAUCCCACUGGAAAUCUGUUCGGAAACUCGACUUCACUUCAAACCGGGUUCAAUUUCCAAACUCCUGGCGGAGAGGAGAAGAAACCUCUGUUUGGUGGAAGCGAUGCCUCUAAGCUGUUUUCAACUGCCAGUUCGUCCAAAGAUGAUGUGCCUGCUGCUAAGAAGCCUUUCUCAUCCAGCUCUGCUACAGGAGCAACACCUUUUUCAUUUGGUCAAAGCAAACCUGCAAACGAGAGUGCUGGACUAACAGGAAAUAUAUUUGGAAACAAUGCAUCGCAAGGGUUCGGUGGUAGCAAUAGUACACCUUCAUUUGGAGCAUCAGCGUGGGGAAGUUCUGAACAGGCUCCUCCUUCGUUAUCAGCUAGUUCUUCAUCAAACUCUCUGUUUUCUUCCAAUCCUGAGAUUUCAAAGGGUUUCCAAUUUGGAGCCGCUACACAGCCAACAGGUGCCUCACAAAUGUUCCAGUUUGGCCAACCUACCAUUGGCAAUUCUACCUUCAACUUUGGUGGAGGCAACCCAGCUCCUGCCUUCUCAGCUCAACCUAAUCCUCCCGCAGUAUCUAUGUUCCAAGGAAGCAAUGACUCCGCACUAGGAGGCGCUUUUGCCUUUCAAGGAUCAACCGCUGGAGGCCCAACAAGAAAGUUAGCAACAGCACGUCGCCGAAUGGGAAAAAAAUAA